CCCCCCACAUCUCCUCACCGCCGCGGCGCAAUAGAUAGAUAAAUAAAAAAAAUAAAAAAGCGAUCGACACAACCAGAUUUCCCCUUCUCCCCCGCUCCCCCGUCGCCUCCAGAAAAGCCGCGCCGAUCGCGCGGCUCUCGCCGCAGACCAGGAGUGAUGGAUUGACACUUGAGUGAGUUUGACCUGUAGGAAGACAUUCAAACCAUUUUAUGGGAAAGAAGCAAAUUUUAUACACUAUUUGCAGUGAGGAAGUUUGAUCUGAGGCAAAACAAGUAUUUCUGGAGAGAUGUCAUCCUCCUUGCCUACUCUACCAAAAUUUAUGAAAGAUAUCACAAGACCCCGUAAUACCCAGAAUAUUCUGAUGCCAGCGCAACUGCCAAAUGAUUCUAUGGCUUUGCACCCAAGAGCCAGUGUUGUCAGAUCACCAUAUUUACCCAUGUUAGGAUACGAUUGUAACCCAAUUGAUCCUGUUUCUAGCCAUGAGAGACAAUUUAUGGCAGCUCCCUUUAUUUCUCAGUCAUCAAAUGUCGAAGUAUUUCAGUCUUUAUGUAAUAAUAAUACCCAUGGAGGACACACUGAGGCAACCUGGUUCCCUGCUGUCAGUGAUGCGCCAGAUUACAUGGAUACUAUAACUAUCCCUGAUAAUCAUACCCAGAGCGGCACGUCUACUAUUACAUCUGAUGUUGCUAAACAAAAUGAAUGGUGGGCAGAUAUAAUGGAUGAUGACUGGAAAGAUAUUCUAGAUGCAACAGCUACUGAUUCCCAGUCAAAGUCCAUGGCCCAAGCUUCCAACUCGGCUGCAUCACAUCCCACUUUCAAUCAGUCAACCUCAUCCCAUAGUGGUGAUAUUUGUCCUGUCGCAAGUCCUCCCAAUAACAGUAAUGCCUCUUCAAGUAAACAACGUAUGAGGUGGACCCCAGAGUUGCAUGAAUGUUUUGUCCAUGCUGUAAAUAAGCUUGGCGGUAGUGAAAAAGCUACCCCAAAAGGUGUGCUCAAGCUUAUGAAAGUUGAUGGUUUGACAAUAUAUCAUGUCAAGAGUCAUCUGCAGAAGUACCGCACAGCUCGAUACAAGCCGGACCUAUCAGAAGGUACAGCACAAGAAGGAAAAACUACUGAGGAGUUAUCUUUGGACCUUAAAACGAGCAUGGAUCUUACUGAAGCACUGCGCCUUCAGAUGGAAGUUCAAAAGCGCCUUCAUGAACAACUCGAGAUCCAGAGGAAAUUGCAGCUUCGAAUCGAAGAACAAGGGAAAUAUCUGCAGAAGAUGUUUGAAAAGCAAUGUAAAUCCAGCACACAGAAGGUGCAGGAUCCAUCAUCAGGAGAUGCAGCUACUCCAUCUGAACCAAGCAAUUCUGUAGACAAGGACAGUAAUGCUGCCUGACCAAACAGAAUAGGAGACAACCACCCUGGCCUUGCAGAAUUUGGAAAAUUUUCUACUAAUGUAGGUGCCAACCAGAAAACUCAAGAAACUGACUUCCCUGAUUCCCUAGCAACUGCAACUGAUGGGUCGGAGCUCUCCCAAGAGAAGCGCCGUAGAGUGAUAUGAAUCUUGAUAGUUUGCCCACGGCAUUCGGAUUGUAUCUGUUCUGCCCUGCCCAUAUCCUUGGUGAAAGAAAAUUGGUUACAUCUAAGUGUGAAAUGUGAAAUUCUAGUGCUGAUCCAAACCUGGCUAUUUAGAAGGAACAUAAAAAAAAGGCCUAAUGGAGAAGAGGAACCGUUUUGCGUCCGAUUGUAUAAAUUAGUAGAAAUAACUCAUUUAUCUCUGAUACAGCAAAAUAAGGAGAUCUUGAGAUCUACUGGGCUAGAAUUUUUAUUUCAGGGAGUCAAUUGUAGAAGGCUAUGGAACUCUUCUUCCUCCUCGUGGCACAGAAGAUAUUGAACUAGAUACUUCCCUGUGUUCGACAAUGUAAUAUUUUUUAGUUUUGUUCAAAUUUAUA